GCGCAGUGAUUGGCCCCGGAGCCCGUCAGUUACUGCCGAGUUCAGUUAGGGUUGCUGUGAGACUGCUGGAGUAGAUAGGAAGAGAAGCGCGCGGAGCCGGGCCGCGCCCUUCGUGCCGGAUAAAUAUCAAGGCUUACUGGUACAAGAAGGAAAUCCAGCAAGCGGGAAACUAAGCCUGAAACUGAUGGACGUUGGAUGGGCCAGGGGCAGGGAUGGUUGGCUAUGACCCCCAAGCUGAUGGCAGGAAUAUCUCCAGUUCCGAGGUGGCGGUGGCUGGGUCUGUGUCUGGACUUGUCACGCGGGUGAUGAUCAGCCCCUUGGAUGUCAUCAAGAUCCGUUUCCAGCUUCAGAUUGAGCGCCUGUCUCGCAGUGAUCCCGGUGCAAAAUACCACGGGAUCCUCCAGGCUGCGAGACAGAUUUUGCUGGAGGAAGGCCCGACAGCAUUCUGGAAAGGACACAUCCCGGCCCAGCUUCUCUCUAUAGGCUAUGGAGCUGUCCAAUUUCUGUCGUUUGAACUGCUGACCGAGCUGGUGCACAGAGCCAGCAAGUACGAUGCCCGCGACUUCUCAGUGCACUUUGUGUGCGGAGGCCUGUCUGCCAGCACGGCCACCCUCGCCGUGCACCCUGUGGACGUCCUGCGCACCCGCUUUGCAGCUCAGGGUGAGCCCAAGGUGUAUAAAACCCUUCGAGACGCCGUGGUGACCAUGUACAGGACCGAAGGCCCCUUGGUCUUCUACAAAGGCUUGAACCCCACCUUGAUUGCCAUCUUCCCCUAUGCUGGCUUCCAGUUCUCCUUUUAUAACGCCCUGAAGCACGUUCAUGAGUGGGUCAUGCCUGCCGAGGGAAGGAAAAACGAGAACCUCAAAAACCUCCUCUGUGGCAGUGGAGCCGGAGUCAUCAGCAAGGCCCUCACGUACCCCCUGGACCUCUUCAAGAAACGGCUGCAGGUCGGAGGGUUUGAGCAGGCCCGAGCCUCCUUUGGCCAGGUUCGCAGCUACAAGGGCCUCCUGGAUUGUGCCCGGCAGGUGCUUCGAGAGGAAGGCCCAAGGGGCUUCUUCAAGGGCCUGUCCCCCAGCCUGCUGAAGGCUGCUCUCUCCACCGGCUUCGUGUUCUUCUGGUAUGAGCUCUUCUGUAACCUCUUCCACCACAUGAAGAAGGCGGACAGCUAGGCCCGAGGGCAGGAAGGGCAACCUCCCGAAGGAAGGCAGGCUCAUCUACGAUCUUGUGUUGCACUGAGAGCUGCCGCCCGCUCCAUCCCUGCCAGCCGGCGUGUCUGUCACCAGAAGGGCAAGGAGAGCACACAGGACUUGGUCUGUGGGGACACAGCCAUGCUGGUCCGAGGAGUUUGCGGUGGUUUCUCUGUAGCCCAUGCUCACAGGAAAGGCAGCAGCUGUUACCCUGUGUUCUUAGCCCCUUCCACCCAGAGAACUGUCCCUGCUCUGGGUGGGGCCGUGGCCGGAGCACGAAGGCUGGGAUUGGGCCCUUGGCAGGGGCCUGGUCCUCACAUGUAGGCUCUUACUCCCACCAACUAAUUUAAUACACAUUGAAGCUACAAGCACAUUCCUUAAUCUCACUCCUAUCUUCCCUUCCUCAUCAUCCCUCCUCACAAAGUGUGAGGGAGGGGACCGUUGCCUUCCUCAGAUGCCAUUUUUCUAAGUAGUUGCAUCCCUCACACAGCUUUGCUUCUAGUUCUGGGGGAAGAACUGGUCACUUUAUAACCGCCCCCCCCCCCCACCCGCACCCCAUGCCCAGAUCUUCAUGUCUUAAUUUCCACUCAGGCUGUUCUCUCCCCUGGACGACGGAGCACAGCUGAGGGCCUCUGGAGGGGGCGGGGUGGUAGACAGGUCCCAGCGGCCUGAAGGCAGUGGGGGGUUGUGCUGAUGGGAAGGACUGUGGGUGAAGAUGGGGUCCCUUCUCCCUAGUCUACCUGGGAUCACUCCUCUUCCAUGGGGUGGGGGAAGCUUACAGCUGAGCCAGUUGGCGUCAGCUGCCCUCUCAGGGUGCCCCAAGGUGCUGUGUGUAUCCUCUGUCAUCCCUGAAGGGCCACAGCUCUGAAGCAGCCGUGUGAACAGAUGGUAGAAGGAAAGGGUUGGACAGACAGCCUGCUGAGGGCACAAUUGGGGGCGGGGGGUGUCAGCACAAGAAUUUACAUCUACUCAUCUGUGUACAGAGGAGACACUGCACUUAGGGGGACGGGGGUGAGAGGGAAUUUACAGAACACAAGCACCACCCUUUCCACCCAGUUCUGCCCCCCUACGUACCCACCCAGGGCAGCCCAGCCUGCAGGGUUGGCUGUGCAGGGGAGGCCAGCAUGGAGGAGCACAGGAGUCCCCUGCAGGACUUUACCCUGCUCUGAGACUGGGAUCUGGCUCCAGCCUUUGCAAUGACUUAGGAGGAAGGCACAGGCUGGGAGCAAGCCUGUGUGGGUGUCGUGGCCCUCGGACUCCUGUCAUAAGAACUGUUUGGGCUCUGACCUGGGGCUUUGUGGUAUGUUUGGGACCCCAACUCCUGAAGCUUCCCUGCUCUUGGCUGCUAAUUCUGAAGAUCUAGGCUGUGGGUAGGGUUUGGGGCACUGGAGGCCUGGGUUGGGGCUGCAGGAAGGCAGCUGCCUGAAUGUAUUUUUAAAGAAAUUCCACUUGAGUGGAAUAAAGUACACUUUAUUCUUUUCA